CAUCGCGUGAGUCGGAUGUCUUCAAAACCGAAUGGGAGUCCCCCUCCCUACGAGUUUGAAAAUGGAGACAAUGUGCAACCACAGCCUGCUUACUCCUACUAUCCUGAAGACGAGUUCCUUCACUUUUACCGCCUUACCUCGCCCGUGGGCAUCAUUAAGAUUAUGUGUGUCAUUGCCCUGGUCCUUAGUGUGGCCAUCUUUGCUUGUGUGGCUUCAACCCUGGCAUGGGACUCCCCCAAUGCCAUGACAGGGUUUGGGGGUACGUACCCUGGGAACCAGUACGGCGGAGUUGGCGGCGGCGGCUAUUAUGGUAACAACUACGGAGGAGGAAUGGGAGGAAUAGGAGGUGGAGGCUAUGUCGGUGGGGCCUACCCGGGUACGAGUUAUCAGAAUGACCCGAGGCAAGGCAAGGGAUUCAUGAUUGCCAUGGCAGUCAUCACCUUCAUAGCCAUGAUGAUUGUAUUCGUAAUGGUGAUCUCUCGCCAGAGUCUGACCCGGAGCAGGAAAUUCUACCUGGCCGUCAUCAUCGUCAGCGCCAUACUCGCCGGACUCAUGCUAAUCGCCACGAUCGUUUACUUGGUCGCGGUCAAUCCUAUGGCCCAGUCCUCUGGUUCUUACCAGUACAACCAAAUACAGCUUCUGUGUUCCCAGUAUCAGCAACCACAGACACAAGGUGCAUUCGUUAACCAGUAUCUGUACCACUACUGUGUGGUGGAUCCUCAAGAGGCAGUUGCCAUAGUACUGGGGUUUCUGGUGACCGUGGCCCUGGUUAUCGUUAUGGUCUUUGCUAUUAAGACCCGUCAGAAGAUGAAUCGUUACGGGAAGGAGAACAUUCUGUGGAAACGAGCUAAAGUCGUUGAUGAUGCUGAACCUAAUGACGCACCUCAGGAUGUGGCGGCUUGGGUGAACGAUGUUGCGUCAGUCCCAGAUCCCGUGUUGAGUGACUAUCCAGAGAAGUUAAGAGGGUCCAGGCAGUACCUGGAUGACAACAGCACAGACUAUGACAAAGCUCCCUACAACCACAACCCUGUGGAGGUUGACCACAGUGUGCCACUGAACAGCGCUGUCCCGUAUGCUAGCAGCUCAGAGAUGGCCAGCUCUGCUGGGAGACCCAAGAAGAGACGCGCUAGGCGGCCGCGGCGUGCAGACGGCCAAGACUACGACACCGACUACAACUCCUCCGGAGAUGAGCUGGAUGACGACAGCGACUUCACCCAGGAAUUCCCUCCCAUCAUUAGCGACCGCGAGAGGGAGGAUUACAAGCGCGAGUUUGACAGGGAUCAUCUGGAAUAUAAGGACCUGCAGAUGGAUCUGGAUGAAAUCAACAAGCGUCUGGCCGAGGUGGACCGGGAGCUUGACGACCUGCCCGAGGGAAGUCCGCAGUACCUGGAUGCCAUGGAUGAGUACAACAGACUUAGAGCCAAAAAGAAGACUGGAGAUUACCAGGUGAAAAAGAGAAGAUGCAAGUAUUUGAAAGCGAAGUUGUCCCACAUCAAGAAGAUGGUCAGCGACUACGACCACAGAGGGUAA